AUGCCGCUCUCUGGUGUUGAGGUCGCGAAGCACGACAACAAGGAUUCGUGCUGGGUUAUCGUCCACGGAAAAGCAUACGAUGUUACGGAGUUCCUGCCGGAGCAUCCCGGUGGACAGAAGAUCAUCCUGAAAUAUGCCGGCAAAGAUGCGACCGAGGAGUUCGACCCCAUCCACCCACCUGACACGCUCGACAAGUAUCUCGACCAAUCGAAACAUCUAGGAGCUGUUGACAUGAGCACGGUCGCUGCUGUCGAGAAGGUUGAAGACCCCGAAGAGGAAGAGAGGCAACAGCGGAUCAAGGACAAGCCAUUGCUAGAGCAAUGCUACAAUCUCCUAGACUUUGAGGCGGUGGCGAAAAAGACCAUGAAGAAGGGUGCAUGGGGCUACUACUCAAGCGCUGCAGAUGAUGAAGUUACGUUACGAGAGAACCACGAAGCUUUCCACAGGAUAUGGUUUCGGCCCAAGAUUCUCGUCGAUGUCAAGAAUGUCGAUUUCUCGACCACGAUGCUGGGCACCAAGGUCGACAUACCGUUCUAUGUGACUGCCACUGCUCUGGGCAAGCUGGGGAACCCAGAGGGCGAGGUACUGCUCACGAAAGCAGCCAAGAAGCACAACGUGGUGCAGAUGAUCCCAACCCUCGCGUCGUGUUCGUUCGACGAGAUUGUGGAUGCCGCCGAGGGCGAUCAGGUGCAAUGGUUACAGCUCUAUGUCAACUCGGAUCGCAAGAUCACGCAGCGCAUCAUCGAGCACGCGGAGAAGCGCGGCUGCAAGGCCUUGUUCAUCACAGUGGACGCGCCCCAGCUUGGCCGAAGGGAAAAGGACAUGCGGUCCAAAUUCGAAGAUCAGGGCACCAAUGUGCAGUCAGGUCAGACCACGGACAACUCUCAGGGCGCAGCAAGGGCGAUCUCGUCUUUCAUCGACCCAAGCCUUUCCUGGAAGGAUAUCCCCUGGUUCCAGUCCGUCACCAAGAUGCCCAUCAUCCUCAAGGGCGUUCAGCGAGCGGAGGACGUGCUCAAGGCGAUCGAGGUCGGAGUCCAGGGUGUUGUGCUCUCGAACCACGGUGGCAGACAGCUCGACUUUGCGCGGUCCGGCGUGGAGGUGCUCGCCGAGACUAUGUCGGUCCUCCGCGAACUCGGUCUGGAGAACAAGAUCGAGAUCUUCAUCGAUGGCGGCAUCCGCCGCGCCACCGAUAUCAUCAAGGCCCUAUGUCUCGGCGCCAAGGGUGUGGGCAUCGGCAGGCCGUUCCUGUAUGCCAUGAGCGCAUAUGGGCUGGAGGGCGUCGACCGUGCCAUGUCGCUGCUCAAGGACGAGAUGGAGAUGAACAUGCGGCUGAUCGGCUGCACGAGCGUGGACCAGCUGAACCCUUCGCUGAUCGACACGAGGAAUCUGGGAAGCCACGUCACGCCGGUCCCCAGAGAUAGCCUGGGCCACACGGUGUAUGACCCUCUGGUCACGCCAUCGUUCAAGCCGCCCAAGUCGAAGUUGUGCUCCACGGGUGGUGAAGUUAACGGGGUUGGGUACCUGCUGGUAGGCUGGACCUGCUGGGGUUUAGCUGCUCAGAAGAAGAGGCGCGCCGAGGCCGAGUCCGCAGAGGGAGCCGAACCGAAGCGUGCGAGAGCCCACGAGCUCACACCCCACCCCGACGCCGAUUGCGUCUACGGAACGUUCCAACGGCUCGCCAUCGAGUACGCACAAGACCCCGACCCGACCUCCAACGUGACCGGUCCCUCAACCAUGGCCACCGCAUCCGCCCGCCAGGGCAUGCCCAUGCCACCGGCUCCCAACCGGGAGGACAUCGGUGCGACAUGGAACUACCUCCAGCAUGGCAUCGACAGGAUCAUGGUCAACCUGCAAGAUGGCAUGGACCUGGCAACCUACAUGGGUAUCUACACAGCUGUUCACAACUUCUGCACUUCACAGAAAGCCGUCGGACUCGGCGGUCCCAACAUGGGCUCUCAAGCUCACAGAGGAGGUACAGAUCUCCCCAAAGUCCUAGAUGCAACCAACGCUAAAGCAUUCCUCUUCCGAAUAGCACACCUCCUUGGUGAGGACCUCUACAAGAAACUCAUCGAGUACCUCGACAACCACAUGGAAGGGCUGUGCAACAAGUCGAUAGCGCACACCGACGAGGCCCUCCUCGCAUUCUACAUCAAAGAGUGGGACCGGUACACCACUGCCGCAAAGUACAUCCAUCAUCUCUUCAGAUACCUGAACCGACACUGGGUCAAGCGGGAAAUGGACGAAGGCAAGAAGGACACGUACGAUGUCUACACACUGCACCUUGUCCGCUGGCGGGACAAGUUCUUCAACGUCGUCGUCAAGAAGGUCAUGGAUGCCGUCCUGAAGCUGGUGGAGAAGCAGAGAAACGGUGAGACCAUCGAGCAUAACCAGAUCAAACAGGUUGUCGAGUCCUUUGUAUCGCUGGGCCUCGAUGAGCACGAUGCCUCCAAAUCGACUCUCGACACAUACCGAUUCCACUUUGAAGAGCCCUUCGUGGCCGCCACCAAGGAGUUCUACGACGCCGAGUCGAAGCAGUUCAUCUCCGAGAACAGCGUCGUUGAGUACAUGAAGAAGGCCGAGACCCGGUUGAACGAAGAGGAAGAGCGCGUGAAGAUGUACUUGCACAACGACAUAACUGGUCCCCUGCGCAAGGCCUGUAACGAGGUUCUGAUCGCCAACCACAAGGACGUUCUCCGUGACGAGUUCCAGGUUCUGCUGAACAACAAUCGAGAAGACGACAUGGCGCGCAUGUUUAACCUCCUCAAUAGGAUCACAGACGGUUUGGAGCCUCUGAGACAGAAGUUCGAGGCCCAUGUCCGCAACGCUGGCCUCGCUGCGGUCACCAAGGUGGCCUCGGACGCCGAGAAACUCGAGCCCAAGGUUUACGUCGAUGCCCUCCUCGAGGUUCACACUCAGUACCAGGGCUUGGUUAAGCGGGCUUUCCAUGAUGAGCCCGAAUUCACCAGAUCAUUGGACAACGCCUGCAGAGAGUUUGUUAACCGUAACGACAUUUGCAAGGCAGGCUCCAACAAGUCGCCUGAGCUUCUCGCCAAGUACACCGACGUCCUUCUCCGGAAAAGCGGCACGGGUGUUGAGGAGGCUGAGCUGGAUGCUACCCUUACGCAGAUCAUGACUGUCUUCAAGUAUAUUGAGGACAAGGAUGUAUUCCAGAAGUUCUACUCGAGGAUGUUGGCACGACGUCUAGUCCACAGCAACUCGUCCUCGGACGAUGCCGAGACAAGCAUGAUUAGCAAGCUGAAAGAAGCGUGCGGUUUUGAGUACACCAACAAACUGCAGCGAAUGUUCCAGGACAUGCAGAUCUCCAAGGAUCUGAACAAUGGGUACAAAGAGCAUACCAAGGGCCUGUCGUUGGACAAGCCGCUCGAUUCAUCCUACUCCAUCCUGGGAACGAGUUUCUGGCCGCUGACGCCGCCCAACACACAAUUUAACCCCCCGGCUGAGGUCCAGGCUGAUCUCGACAGAUUUGGCCGCUACUACAAGAACAAGCACGACGGUCGCAAGCUCACAUGGCUGUGGCAGCUGUGCAAAGGUGAGGUACGAACAGGCUACUGCAAGUCCUCUAAAACACCUUUCACGUUCCAAGUCAGUGUUUACCAGAUGGCGAUUCUCCUCAUGUUCAAUGAUAAGGACGUGCACUCGUACGAGGACAUAUUGUCCAACACAGGGCUGAACUCGGAAACUCUCGACGGCGCACUGGGUAUUCUGUGCAAGGCAAAGGUCGUCAACCUGAAGCCCGAUGGAGGCAAGGUUGGCCCGAACACCACCUACCACCUGAACUACGAUUUCAAGAGCAAGAAGAUCCGAGUGAACCUGAACAUCGGAACCAAGACCGAGCAGAAGCAGGAGGAGGUGGAGACAAACAAGACGAUCGAGGAGGACCGGAAGCUCGUCUUGCAGUCUGCCAUCGUCCGCAUCAUGAAGGCACGAAAGAAGAUGAAGCACAGCCAGCUGGUCAGUGAGACUAUCACGCAGAUCAAGUCUCGCUUCGUGCCAAAGGUUUCCGAUAUCAAGAAGUGCAUUGAGAUAUUGCUUGACAAGGAAUAUCUUGAGCGCCUCGAAGAUGACGAGCUUGGAUACCUGGCAUAA